AUGCUUUCCCUGCUCGUCCUGCUUCUUCCCUUUUCUCAUUUCAUCCUGCCAGCUGAGGCUUAUGACGAGUUGUACGAAGCUGUACAUUUCCUACCGAUAAACCCGACUCCUGUGGGAUGCGAUGGAUUGGUAAGGGUAUUUUGAAAAACUUCAAAACUUUGCGAUAAUUUUGCAGUCUGGAAAUUUUGCGAACCUGGAUACCAAAAUGAUCCGCCCACUCAAACCGUCCGAAUCGGUUAUUUUUACUGGAAAAGUCGCAGAUAAACCUGAUUUGUCUGUCUCACCACAUCUGUUUUUUUUCAAUUUCGCUUUCAAAAUGUUUUCAGCAUGCACAUUGAUAUGGUGGUUUCCGAGCCACAACCGGCGAUCGCCAUGCAAAUAUUUCAAGACUUUAUCACUAAUUCGACAAUGUACAACUCGUCUCAAAAUAGAUUUUGGGAUAUUCCAGAGUUUGGUGGGCCCAUUUUCUUUGCCGGAAAGUCGUAUGAGAUAAAAAUUUUGUAAUGCUGAACCCGGAACCUUUAGAUUUGCAAAAAACUUGGUUCAGGUACACGGGACAUGUCUUCGACGUCUAUUCUGGAAACAAAAAAGUGCACACUUAUGUCAUGAGGACUCCUCCAUGCACUAUUUUAAACUUCAUCAACACUGGGGGAAAUCAUACGACUAAUUGGAUUGGAAUUGAAUGUUCAUAA